CCUGCUGAGGUUCUCCAACAAUUUGUUUUUGUUUCUGAUUUCCAACUUGCGCAGGUUUUUGGUUUUAUCUUUUACAUCCAUCCUUUUAUUAUUCACUUGUGAGAUGUGGGCGUUGCUGACUGGGCCAGCAUUUGUUUCCCAUCUCUCAAUGGCCUUGUAAAAGUGGGACAGCAGAAGAUUGAGUUGCCAGUAACGGAAAAUAUUCAGACUAUCCCACCACCGUACAUAAUACGGAUGAUCCUGGUCUACGUUCGAACACCCUGCCACCUGCAGUCUAUUUCCAUCGAGCGACUCAAUAACAUUCUGCAAUCUCCUUACUUUUUCUUUGACACAAUUUACAUUCACAACGGCACUGAGGAAAUGGACGAAGACUCCAGCUGUAAGGAAGUUUGUUUGUUUUUCAAUAACCUGGACACAAAGGGGACCAGCUACAAGUAUGAUGUGUCACUCGCUGGACAGGCUGUGGAACUGCACAACUGCAUGGCCAAGUUACUCGCACACCCGCUGCAGAGGCCAGUCCAAAUGCAUGCGGUUUAUAGCCUGCUUGAAGAUGAGGAAGGAGUAGAAGUAGAAGCAACUGUUUGACAGGGGAACAUGACAAGGGAAGUGAACUAAGAUUCUCUCUCUAUUUGUACAUUAGGAAAGUUUCUGUGUGGGUCAGGGUGAUUACGCUGUCUUGGUUACAGUUGACGUGCAAGUGUUUACUCCAGAGAAACUCAGAUCCUUAAUAAAUCUGAGUGUUCCUUCAGUUGAAUCGUCAAUAAUGCACAUUCAACUUUAUCAUGAAGCUGUUUCGUCCCUUCUGUUCCAAGUGGAUUAUUCUGACUUUAUGGGUUGAACUAAUGACACUUUCCUAUGAAACUGGAGAUCAGCAUGGUUGAAACAGUGCUGCUGCUGAGUAUCGUUGGUAAAUUGGCAUCAAAACAUAAUGGGACAGAUUUUCACAAAUGAGUGCACUCCAACACUGGUAAUCUGGAUUAUUCCCCGACGAAUGCAGCCACCUCACCCCAGCUCUGUCUAGGGUUACACAGUAAUGGACCUCUAUCUAUAAUGCUGUAGAAGAAGAGCAGUAGAGUGCAGACCAGUCUCUAGUCCAAUGUUUAUCCCUUAAUCAGCAUCAAUAAAAAUACAGAUAUCCUGCCUCCUGUCAUAUAGCUGACGGAAUGUUGUGCUCAAAGUGGCUGCCACAUUUCUGCACAUGAAAACAGUGACUGUGCUUGAAUGGCUGUAAACGAGUUUUAUAUAGGUGCCUGAUCCUGUAAUUCCAGUGAAUUCUGGCUUUGGCUAGAUAUGUCAUUUAGUGCCACAUUGGGUACUCGUGCAUUGAAGGGCUUUCUUUGCUGUCACAUUAAGAGGUUGAGCCGUGGCAUGAAGAGGAUCUUCACUUCCCUGUAGACAGAUUAUGAUGGAACGCUUUGCCUUCAGGAUCUUCUCCAGAGAUUUGAGCUCAUAACCUCACUGUGUCAGGUUAGGACAUGGUAUUCAACCAGGAUCUUGUCUGCUGAUUCCAAUUGAUGUUCAAGAUUUAAUGGGACUAUUGGACAAAGACCACGGGGGCCUCUAACAUCUGGCUCACUCUUAAAGCAUGUAAACUGGCCGAUGUGCCAUUCCAAUGUGUUUGUGACAGUACUGUGUGUCAUGGCUGCUGUGUUGACAAACUCAUUAGACGUGAAGGGUUUCAAAUGGUUUAAACCACACAAUUGUGUUGAAGGAAAACAUUCAUUGCUAAUUUCUGUUUGCUCUUAACAAGGAAAUAAAGUUACUGAAAGUG